UCUUUCGUGUCUUCGUAGGUGCAAUCUUUGUUGCAAUCGAAGCAUUUAUGUUUCUAUCGGAAUCUACGUCUUCUGCCUGGUAGUUCAUAAUCUUUCAUCAUCAAUUGUGCCCGAAAGCUUGUUUUGAAAGGUAUUGAUUUCCAGGCGGUUAUAGCAUGGGCAAAUCAGUGUGGAUUUGGGCAUUUUUCAUAUUAUUGGUUCACAAGCAGAGGGCAGACGUCUGCAGAGCUUACGCCGUUUCACUCAGAAGGAAUCACUCUGCUUCAAUAUCCAUUCCGCCAUGUUUGCUGAUUUUAAGCUCAUCAAACAUUAUCGCUCUUGACCAUGAAACUUCGGAUAUCACUUCCAUCAAAGCAGGUCUGUCAGAGGCAGUGACGUUGGAUUUUCAUUUCAGCCUGGGCUACAUAUUCUGGAGUGAUUUGAUUGAGCAGAGUAUUAAACGCUUCAGCAUUGAUAAAGGGAUUACGACAACGGUUAUUGCAAAUACUGGCGUUUGUGCUGGCCUGGCAGUUGAAUGGAGGACAUCUCGAUUGUAUUGGACAGACAGUACACUUAAUAAAAUAUUCGUAUCCGACGUUCAUGGCUUAAACCAACACAGCCUUAUCACAAAACUGGAAGAACCAAGGGAUAUAGCCCUGGAUCCCGAUAAUGGUCUGAUAUUUUGGGCUGAUUGGAGCCGUGGAGUUUAUCCCAAGAUUAAGAGGGCCUCAUUAAAUGGAAGUCAAAUAAUAGCCAUUGUAUCGGUGAACCUUCAGCAACCCACCGGUAUUAACCUCGAUCGAGGAAAUAGACGCAUUUUCUGGGUCAACUCAAGAAUUGGCACUGUGGAAUCUGUGGACUACGAUGGUGAUAGCAGGAGGGCCCUAUUCAAACAGAGUGAUCUAUAUCCGUUUGGAUUAGCGUUUUCCCCCCCUUUUCUUUUCUUGACCGCCUGGCAAACGUUGAAACAAGUUUACCAACUAGACGCCAUCACUGGAAAACUGCUCCGAAGCUACAACCUCAGCAACCAGAAGCCCAUGGAUAUCGUGGCAUACGAUGAGUCCAGGCAACCUCCAGCUUCUAAUCCUUGCACCGUGAAUAAUGGAGGAUGCAGUCAUUUUUGUGUCCCCAAAUCAUGUGGCUACAAAUGUGUGUGUUCCACUGGUUUGGCUCUGAAGCAAGAUGGGAAGACAUGCCAAGAAAAAGUGAAGAAAUUUGUCCUUUUCACUGAUUUUGAAGCCAGAUCUAUAAACAUGAUUUCCCUUGAUGUUAACUAUUCCAUCGCUCAACCCUUAUUGACCGAUCUUUAUGAUCAGCGCCCUACUGCUGUGGAUUUUGACCCUGUCGAAGAUCGCUUGUAUUGGUCUGAUGUUGGAAAAGGUCGUAUCAUGAGUGCCUUUACAAAUGCAACUUCAGUGAAGACUCUGUUUAGUUGUAACUUCUCAACUGGUUUAGCCAUUGACCACGUGGGUCGAAACAUUUAUUGGACCGAUGCCGGCACGAACAGAAUUGAAGUUGGUCGGCUUGAUGGAACCAAAAGAAAGCUUUUACUUACAAAUGAACUUGAGGAGCCAAGGACUAUAGUGCUGGAUGAGAACAAUGGGAUAAUGGUCUGGACUUCCUGGGGUUCAAAACCUAACAUAGCCAAAGCCAACAUGGAUGGCUCAGGAAGACAUACUAUAGUGACGAGAAAUCUAUCUAGGCCUGAUGGACUUACUAUAGAUCGAGUUACAAAUUGUGUCUAUUGGGCUGAUACUCAGCAGAAUACCAUAGAGAUGUCCGAUCUUAAUGGGGGCCACAGACAGGUCAUACUGUCGUCUGCAGCUUGCAUCAAACCUUUUCGCCUGGCAUUCUAUCAGGACGCGCUUUACUGGACAGAUCCCAGUUACAAGAGGAUAGAGCUUUACGAUUUAGUCGAUGGGAAGCGGAAAACGGUAGUCCUUGCUAUUCAAAAGCCAACAGAUAUUCGUGUCUAUGAUUCAUCAAUUUUAUAUUCAGUGAUUUUUGUCUCCUGAAGCCGGAGGGAUAUCGGUGUGCGCGUCCAACAGAUGUUGCGCCAAAGUUUGUUGGGAAAAAUUUUGACA